UGGCUGUGGUAACUAGUGGAAAGCCUGCUGCUGUUGCUGAGGCUGAGUGAACAACACUGUUGGUGGGAAAAAAAACCCUGUUGCCGAUUUUGCUGAGCAGACUGAAUGCAUAUCGAAAUACUUUGAAGUCGGGGGAAUAUCCCCACGUUUUUGUUUAGGAUGAGCAUGGAAGAUUAUGACUACCUGUUCAAAAUUGUACUAAUAGGAAAUGCCGGUGUUGGGAAAACCUGCCUAGUCCGACGCUUCACUCAGGGCCUUUUCCCGCCUGGACAAGGGGCUACCAUAGGAGUUGACUUCAUGAUCAAGACUGUGGAGAUCAAAGGGGAAAAAGUAAAGCUGCAGAUCUGGGACACAGCAGGCCAGGAGCGUUUCCGUUCCAUCACCCAGAGUUACUACCGGAGUGCCAACGCCCUCAUCCUCACCUAUGACAUCACGUGUGAGGACUCCUUCCGGUGCCUUCCGGAAUGGCUGAGGGAGAUUGAGCAGUAUGCCAACACCACCGUGGUCACUAUUUUAGUCGGCAAUAAGAUCGACCUAGCGGAGAAAAGAGAAGUCGUGAGGCAGAGAGCUGAAGAGUUUGCGAACUCCCAGAGCAUGCUUUAUCUGGAGACGUCAGCUAAGGAGUCCGAUAAUGUGGAGAAGCUCUUUCUGGAUCUGGCCUGCGAGUUGAUCCGCGAUGCCAAACAGAACACACUGGACAACAAUGACACGGCUAACGCUAUGCCAGGAGAGGGAAAAACCAUCAGCUACCUGGGCUGCUGCAGCACUAACUAGUUCAGAUUCUGAGAGUGUUGGGUCGUGUUCAUUCCUGUUCAUAAGGGAACAACACCAACGGCUGGGGCGGGGCGAGGUGGUUCUUAAUCGGACAGAUUUAGCUCAGUAACCUUCCGGGUUACCCUCUGUUUUGGGACGUUUUCUUCCAGGUUUAAUGCCUAUUGAACGCGACCCUGAGCUGUAUUAUGGCCAUGCAGCUGUGCUGAGUACACUACAAAGUAGACCUAACACAAUGGAAUGGAUUUGGCAGGAUGUCUUUUUGUCUGUUUGUUCCAGUCCAGACUCCAUGGUGCCACAUGUCAGUCUUUUUUUUUUGUUGAGUAUCCUCCAUCAUGCCUUUUUAAUUAUUAUUUUUUAAUACCUUCAACAGAACAAGAGUAUGAUCUGUACCAAUCACCUUCUUUGUUGUUUUAUCCUCGCGGGAAUUAGAAAUAUGUUUCAGAGGAUGCAAUACAAGUCGCUGCCACUAGAUGGGAGUACAUCACUUUGUAUUCCUGGUGCAACAGGAUUGAAACAUAUUGUACUAUAGAGCCUUGUUGCAAGAUGAUGUGAGUUAUUGGGAGGUUUACAAAGGUUCAACGGGGGGGAGAUGGUUGUGCCUCCUUCCUGUGGGUUGGUGGGGGUAGAUUAAAAUGAAAAUCCAGGAGAAGUCACCAGCAGUGUUACCUGAUUUCAAAAGCACCACAAUUAUUUCCUCACAAACAGGACAUGUACAGCCCAAUUCAAGUUUAAAAAAAAAAAAAAAUUAUUUGUCAACAAAUGAUCAUAAAUAAGAUUUGAAUAGAUAAAUGUGUGGGAAUGGGAAACUACUCAACCGCUUAACAAAAAAUAAAAUACAAUUCAAAACACUUAUGCAUUUACAUUUUGAUGCAUGCUUACAUGAAAUUGUUUGUUAGUGUGGCCUACCUAUACAAUGCACAACUUUAAUAUAUAGAUAUUAUAUACCCUUUCGAUUUAGGCUUCCUCAGUUGACCUAUUGGUUAUUGAGUAAUUGAUUGGUGCCAUUUAAAAAACAUUUUUUUUUUACAGUAUUGAAAGAAAUGAAAAGCCCAAUUUGCCAGAAGUGAUCAAUAAGGGUUUUUGUGUUUAUUCCUCAUCAGUACACUUCAUGUCCGAGAGCUCAUAGUAAAAAUUCAAAUUCCUUCUAGUAGCAUAUACCCAGUAUGGUUAAACUCAUUUCAAAUUGUAUCAAUAUUAUAAAAUUCAUUGCACAUGUAAUUUUGUCUCUAGGCUCAAUUUACUCAAGUGUCUAUUGGUGUAUGUAGUUUGACACGCCUGAUUGCAAUGCAGUGCUACAUGGUAAAGAAAGCAGUCGGUAUGUAUCCUGUGCUAUUCACUAUAUAGUCAGUGCUCUACCUUUGACCAGAGCCCUAUGAGCCCCGAUGGGUUCUGGUCAAAAGUAGUGCACUUAUAUAUAGAGAAUAGGGAUGCAGCUGAAGUAUUGUUUUUGUCUGCUUUGUCCAUGAGUGAUGUUGUUCAUUUCAGAUAAUGGACCAGUGUUCAUGAAUGAUGAUGUUCAUUUCAGAUAAUGGACCAGUGUUCAUGAAUGAUGAUGUUCAUUUCAGAUAAUGGACCAGUGUUCAUGAAUGAUGAUGUUCAUUUCAGAUAAUGGACCAGUGUUCAUGAAUGAUGAUGUUCAUUUCAGAUAAUGGACCAGUGUUCAUGACUAAAUGUAACAAUUCCCUUAAUGUAUUUGUCUGAUUGUUUGCACAUGUUAUUACAAUGGAACUGUGAAUCUAUAUAUAUAUUUUUUUCGUUUUAAAAUAGAUUCUCAACAUUUUUACCUGCUGCUACAUUUAUUUUAACAUUUUCAUGUUGUCUAAUAUGAAAUCAAACCCGUACUCAAGAAUAGAUUAUAUUUAUUCUUAAGUUAAACAGAAUUCUGUAUCGCCAAUUGUAUUAUUUUAUUUUUUGAAUGCAUUGUUUACUUGAUAAUGCAUUUAAUAAUGUACUACAUUAACUAUUCAGUUAAUCCAUAGCCUUUAGUCAGUAUCUAGUUAGCUGCACGGAAAAUAUAUUUCAACUUUUCAAAGUGUUAAAACACUAAUAAGUUCACUUCAACAUUUAAGUUCAAAAUGUAUUUGUUUUCUUUACAGUUGAUAUAAAAUAAAAAGGAGCAAUCUGCUGUUUCUAAAUACAUUUAUUAGAUUUAAAUGAGUGUCAGCUGUUUCCAGACAUCAACAGUACUCUAAUAUUAAGAUGUGUCCAUGACAUCUCAUGUGAUCUAUUGUGAUUUUUAGAGUGACCAAUCACGUCAUGUUUAACUAUAACAGGAAAUGUGAAUUAUUAUGUGGAUUAUAAUUAAUGAAUUUUUUUUGGGGGGUUGUUGUUGGGGGUUGAUAUAAUUUUUCGUUAGGGCAACUCGAAUCUGAAAUUUCAAAGUGGAAAUGACAAACUUUUAGAAGCCUUUUUAAAACUAAAAAAACCUACUACACGUUUGCAUUUCCUGCUUUGCAGAUAAAUUCUCAGCAACAAAAGAGUGAUCAAAUUAAGAGACUACAUCUGUAGUGUUCACUUGCCCAAUGCUUGCGAUGAUUUGAAAGUGUCAUGCAUUCUAUAUUACCACAUUUUUCUUUGAAAGCAAAAAAAAAAAAUGUUUAGAAUUUUUAGUUUUGUAAACAGAAUUAUUUGUAGCCUGGGGUACCAGUCUGUUUGUGCUAACAUUCCACUCCUUGUACUCCUUGUGGAAUGUUGUAAUGUUGGCAUAAAACAGGUCUGGAUUUCAGGAUAAUUUGUACUGUAUUCCAUAUUCUUAUGCUUUUGGUGUUUUUUAUCUUACAGCUCCUGCCAUAUAUUUGAGUGUCUUCUAGCUUUAUUUUAUAGACCUGAUUGCCAUGGUGUACUGUUGUUACACAGCAUCAUAAUCUGCUGUAUAUUGAUAAUGUAGUUUUAAUAUUUCAAUUUCUUGUUUAUGUUGUACGCCUGUAUUUUAACUUUAGCACUUUGCUUUUAUAUUACCGGUAAUAUAUACUUUAUUUUUUUUUUUUUUUUCUCUCCUCCUGAACAUUAUUUGAUUAAAAACUAAUGUUAAUCUAGCUGGUAUUGUUGUCUUUUGACUGCUAUAGUACCGAGUAACUUGGUCAAACUUGGUGUUUACCCAUGUUUCUGUCUCGUACUUUUCCUUCUAUGGUCUAGAGACUCUAGAAGGAGUAAAAUACAGUAAAAUACUUCAAUAGAAUACAGUUGAGAAGCAUUAGGAUGUUGUUACAUUUUAUUUGGAUAUUAAUGUUUUUUUUUCUUUUAUGUGUACAAAAUAAUACCUAAGGCUUACCUGUAUUACAUUAAAUAAUCACACUAAACAUGA